AUGUCAAAGAACGUUGAGGAUGUUUAUAAGAUGGUUUCAUAGGUUGAACACAUCUUAUUGAGACCUGAUACUUACAUAGGGAGUGUGGAGAUUUCAGAUUAAGAAUUAUGGAUUUGUGAAGAUAGUGAUUAAAUUUCAUUCAAAUUUGAGGAAUUUAGUUAUUGUUAAGGAUUGUACAAGAUUUUUGAUGAGAUAUUGGUGAAUGCAGCAGACAAUUAUUAGAGAGAUAAAUCUACGGAUCGUAUAUCUGUGUCAAUAGAUAAUGAUUCUAUAAUGGUAGAGAAUACAGGAGCCGGCAUUCCAAUAUAAAUUCAUAAACAAUACAACAUCUAUGUGCCAGAGAUGAUUUUUGGAAGACUGCUCACAUCUUCAAAUUAUGACGAUUCUGAAUAGAAAGUGACCGGAGGUCGAAAUGGGUUUGGAGCAAAGUUAGCAAACUUAUUUAGUUCUUAUUUCAAGGUGGAAACCAUUCAUCAAUCAAAGAAGUUCACAAUGAUUUGGACAGAGAACAUGAAGAAACAUACAUAGCCAGAAAUCACUAACACAAACGAGAAGCCUUACACAAGAAUAACAUUCAAGCCUGAUUUAAAGAACUUCUAGACAGAUAGAUUAUCAGACAUAGUUCCAUUAUUGUAGAAACGUGUAAUUGAUUUGGCAGGCAUAUUGCCAAUAUCAGUAUAUUUGAAUGGUAAGAAGGUGGCAAUCAACAAUUUUAAGGAUUAUGCUUAAUUGUAUGGAAUAAAUGGAAAAUUUGCAUAUGCAUCUUAGAAUAAGCCAUUCAAGUGGGAAAUUUUGGUAAGUUCAUCGGAUGGUCAAUUUAGUCAGGUUUCGUUUGUAAAUUCAAUUAAUACCAUAAGAGGAGGGACUCAUGUAAAUUACAUAGUGGAUUAAAUAGCUGAAGGCUUAAUGAAUCAUAUUAAGAAGAAGUACAAAGAGAUGAAGAACAUUAAGCCAUUUUAGGUAAAGAGUUUCAUAAAAAUAUUUUUAAAUUGUUAAAUAGUGAAUCCUGCAUUUGAUUCAUAGACUAAAGAAACCUUAACAACAAAGGCCUAGAAAUUCGGGAGUACAUUUGAAGUAAGUGAGAAAUUUUUAGAUGAAAUCAUAAAAAAAACUGAUAUUAUCGACAAUGUUAUAUUGUAGGCUAAAUCGAGAUUGAAUAAAUAAUUAAGUAAAUAAUUGUCAGCAAAAAAACAAUAACGAUUAUUGGGAAUAGAUAAAUUAGAGGAUGCAAAUGAUGCAGGUACAAAAAAUGCUGAUUUAUGCACUCUGAUAUUGACUGAAGGAGAUUCUGCUAAAUCUUUGGCUAUGGCUGGUAUAGAAAUAGUAGGUAGAGAUAGAUUUGGAGUAUUCCCCUUGAGAGGUAAGUUAUUGAAUGUUAGAGAUGCCUCUAUACAAAUGAUAAUGAAAAAUGCAGAAAUUGAGCAGUUGGUGAAGAUAAUGGGAUUGCAAUUCAAUAAAAACUACGAAAAUACAAAAUCUUUAAGAUAUGGAUCAAUCAUGAUCAUGACUGAUUAAGAUCAUGAUGGACAUCACAUAAAAGGGUUGAUAAUUAAUUUCAUAGAGAAGUUUUGGCCUUCUCUAUUUAAAAUGAAGGGCUUUCUUAAACAAUUUGUGACACCAAUUAUCAAAGUAACUAAAGGCAAAGAGUUUCAUAGUUUCUUUUCUAUAGGAGAAUACAAGAAGUUUAUUGCUGAAAAUCCAAGGGAAGAUUACAAAGUCAAAUAUUACAAAGGGUUAGGUACCUCAACUGAUGCAGAGGCAUAAUAAUACUUCAGUAAUUUAACAUUGCAUAGGAAAGUGUUCACUUACUCUGAUCAAACAGAUUCCGAUUACAUUGAUUUGGUAUUCUCAAAGAGUAAGGCUGAUCAAAGAAAGGAUUGGCUAUCAGAGUAUUCAUGGAAAUAAGUUGAAGACACUCUUGAUUACAGUAAACCAACUGUUCGAUAUCGAAAUUUCGUAACUGAUUGUUUGGCCAUGCAUUCAAUCAGUGAUAAUUUAAGAUCCAUACCUUCUAGCAUCGAUGGACUCAAACCUACAUAGAGAAAGAUCAUCCACACUCUUCUUAAUCAUAGCAAAUAAGAAUAUAAGGUUAGUUCUUUAAGUGGGUUGGUUACUACUUACGCAUAAUAUCAUCAUGGAGAAUAAUCUCUUUAAUAAACAGUAGUGGCAAUGGCAUAGAAUUUCACUGGAUCCAAUAACAUCAAUCUAUUAUUGCCAAUAGGUUAAUUUGGUACAAGAUCCAUGGGGGGCAAGGAUGCAGCUCAAGCUAGAUACAUAAGUACUAAAUUAAGUUCUCUGACAACCAAACUCUUUAAUGAAGAUGAUUUGCAUACCUUGAAUUAUUUAGAUGAGGAGGGAUACACCGUUGAACCAUUUUGGUUUGCGCCAAUCUUGCCUUUGGUUUUGAUUAAUGGAGCUGAAGGUAUAGGUACUGGUUGGUCUACUCAAGUGCCAAAUUUCAAUCCAAGAGAGAUUUGUUAAUAAAUUAAGCGAAAAUUGAGGGGAGAAGACUUUGAAGAAUUGGUACCAUGGUAUAAAGGAUUUACUGGUACAAUUACAGCUGGAACCAAUUAAUAUAUAGCUAAAGGUUCCUUCAUCUAACACAAGAAUCACUUAUAUAUAACUGAAAUACCUCCGAAGAAGAGUGUUAAGGAAUAUUAGGCAUUCAUCUAAUCUAAAAUGGAAGUUGCUGAAGGCAAAUCAGAACCUGAAAUCUUGGACAUGAAGGAAUAUCAUGCUGGCAAUAAAAUUUGUUUUGAAUUGAAGGUUACUGAUGAAGUAUUAAAGUAAGAUCUAGAGAAAUACUUUAAAUUGUAAACCACUAUUGCUAUGACCAACCUUGUAUUAUUUAAUGAGAAAGGUUUAUUAAAAAGAUAUUCCAAUGUUUCAGAAAUCUUAGAGGAGUUCUAUUAAACGAGAAUUAAAUUUUAUCAAUUAAGAAAGGAAUACUUACUUUCCAAAUAUCAAAAUGAACUGGAGCUGGUCCAAUCCAAAUCUAAAUUUAUUGAAGGGAUGAUAGAUAAUUCCAUAUAAUUGAGAGGAUUAAAGAAACUUGAAAUGUGUAAGAAACUAUAAUCUCUUGGUUUCAAAGGAAUUAGCAAAAUGGAAAAAAUAAAGAGCACCAGAAUCUCUAAAGAUUUUGAUACAGACAACUUAGAAAAAUAAUAUGAUUAUCUACUCAGUAUGCCAAUGUGGAAUUUUAGUGAAGAAAAAAUAACAGCUUUCAAAUAGUAAAUCAAAUAAUUAUAGGAUUAAAUUACUGCUCUGAAUAAGAAAACCCCUUAAUAAAUCUGGUAGGAAGAUAUUGAUGAAUUCUUAGAGGAAUUAACUAAGGUUGAGGAGUAAGAAACUUAAGAAAUGAUUAAAAGAGUAGAAAAAAAUGCUGAAAAAUUAUUAAAGGGCGGAGCAAAUUAUUUAAAAGCUGUUGUAUUAAAAGGAAAGGAUGAUUUUGCUUAAUAAGAAGAUUAUGAUUCAGAAUCUGAUGGGGAUGGUCCAUCUAGAGAUCCAAGAGUACUAAAAAAAGUCAUUAAGGAGUUUGCCAAUUUUGGUAUUAAGUCAUAAAGAGAUGUUCCUUAGUAAAAGUUUAAAUUGUAGAUUGAAAAGCAACCAAAGAAAAAGGAUUCGAAAGAGAAUCAGGAUGAUAAUAAAAGCGAAAAACCCAUUUCGAUGGAUCUAGAAGAUGACAGUCCUAAAAGAAAUAAAAAGGUAGUUGAUAGUUAAAGUGAAGAUGAAAUAAUUAAUGUCAAAAAGAAUACUAGAAGAAAUUAGAAAUAAAAUGAUGUCGAAGAAAUCCAAGUUUAAACUAAAGAUUCAAAAACCAAUAAAGUAGAUGCAAAGCCUAGUAAGGCUGAAUCAAAGCUUGAAAAAGCUGAAUCAAAAGUAACGAAGACCAGUAAAUCUAAAAAAAUAGUGCCUCAAAUGGAUUCAGAAAAAAAAGCAUCUGAAAUUAAGAGAAAAGCUGAACAAGAGAAGGCUGAGGAGGAUUAAAAAUUAAUAGAAUAGGAAAAAGAAGAAUUAGAAAAACAACGUGUACCAGUUGAUUCUUUAAAAGUUCCAAAUCAAGAUAAGGAGGAGAUGGAUCUAUUCUAAAAAUAUGGAUUUGGAGAUUUUAUGAAAUACCUCACACCAUCUAAUGGUAAAGAUAAUAAUCCUAUUCCAUCUUUGGCUGAUAGAAUACUUUAAAGAACCAAAUAAGGAGAAAUUAAUUUCGACCAAAUUAUUGCUGAUAAAAAAUAAGAAAGUGCAUUAAAAGAAAGAAAAGAUUCAGAUAAUGAAAUUGAUGAUUACUUAUAAUUAGAUUUAAGCGAUGAUUCAGAUAAGAAAUAAAAAGUAACAAAGCCUAACCAAAAAACUACAGCAGAAAGAAAAUCAGGCAAAAAGAGCAUUGAAAAAUAACAAUAAUAAAUUACAGCUACUCCUGCUAAACGAAAGUAAAGAAAGUAAAUAAUUGAAUCCAGUGAUGAGGAACCAUUGAACAAAAAGUCUAAAAAAAAAUGAG